AUGUCUUCGAGGGAAAGACUUAAAGAGAAGAUGAUCAAAGAAAGCGUGUCUCUGCUGCCAUGCUUUUAUUUCGUUGAGCUUCCUCUUCUGGUCUCAUCUGUGGCCAGUGUGUAUUUCCUGGAAUGGACAGACAUUUUCAAACCGGUCCGCUGGGGUUUCAGCUGCCAGGACCGCAGUUUGAGUCUGCCUUAUGUUGAACCCACACAUGAGGUCAUUCCAUUCCUAAUGCUCCUCAGCCUCGCCUUUGCAGCUCCUGCCAUUAUGAUCAUGAUCGGAGAGGGGAUUCUGUUCUGCUGUCUAUCCCGAGCGAAAUGUGGGGGCGGAGCUGAAGCCGAUAUCAACGCGGCUGGCUGCAACUUUAACUCCUUCGUCCGGCGUGGUGUCAGGUUUGUGGGGGUUCACGUGUUUGGCCUGUGUGCCACGGCUCUAAUAACUGACAUUAUUCAGCUGUCGACGGGUUACCCCGCACCUUACUUCCUGACUGUCUGCAAGCCCAAUUACACCCACCUCAACACCUCCUGUGAUGAAAGUUCCUUCAUCUUGGAGGACAUCUGCUCAGGAUCUGACGCUGCUGUCAUCAACGCUGGCAGAAAAUCCUUUCCGUCUCAGCACGCCACACUGGCGUCCUUUGCUGCCGUGUAUGUCUCGAUGUACUUCAACAGCACGCUAACAGACUCUUCCAAACUGCUGAAGCCUCUGCUGGUAUUCUCCUUCAUCAUCUGUGCCAUUAUCUGCGGCCUGACCCGCAUCAUUCAGCACAAGAAUCAUACCAUUGACGUUUACUUGGGCUUCUUGCUUGGAGGCGGCAUUGCUGUUUACCUAGGAUUGUUUGCUGUUGGAAAUUUCCAACCCAGCGAGGAGAACCGAAAAAAUCAGCUUCAUGUUCGGGAUUCUCACCAAACUAUGACUGACCUCUGCCAGCAGGGUCACCACCACCCUGCCAAGAGCUGUAGUGACAGUGACGGGCUCUCGUCAAUGUGCUCAGAGGGCAUCUUACACCGCAACACACAACAGCACCAGGCAAGAUCUCUUAGCAGCCUGAAGAGACCCGGUGGAAAUGUAGAGGCCAUCACUCCCCGCAGUACUCCACACAAGGAGAACAUGGUGACCUUCAACACCCUGCCCAGAGUCCAUACGCCCGCCAUGGACGAGUCUGCCUUCCGCAAUGCCACCAUCCACUCCUCCUCUGUGGAUUCAAGUAGAUCCAAGCUGCUGUUGUCGCAAUGGAAGAACAAAAAUGAUAACCGUAAACAUUCCCUGCAUACCAACGAAGGUGGAGCCGGGCAGUCUCCGCCCAAUAGCAUGGAGGUCCGCUGCAGCUCUGAACCAAUGGCUGUGGGAACCAACAGUGAACACCAGGCACCUGCAACGCCGUACCUCAAACUGGCUACUGGAAGCUCGACUCUACCCAACAACCCUAGCGGAAUCACUGGUGGCACUCGGAUGCCUGUCCAAUCUCGUCCAGGUUCUUCGCAGUUGGUGCACAUCCCAGAAGAGACACAGGAUAACAUGGGUGGCUUGCCAAACAGCAACAAUGUUCGAGACAAAUGGCUAAUGAGCAUGGAAAGGAGCGUGGACAAGGGUGAAGUACCGGUGGUUAGGACUAACUCUAAUGGUCAGCCACGAAUCAUGCAGGUCAUUGCAAUGUCCAAGCAGCAAGGUCUACUGCAAGGAAGCUCACCCAGUUCUGAAAGUAGUAGUCACACUAGCUCCACAGCACCAUUGCAGCGCUACAAGAGCUUGACCGAGGAGACUGGAGGCCAGAGCAGCACAGGGGCCAUCAUAAGAGUGGAAGCCCAUCCAGAAAACGACCAGCCCUUAAUGCAUGCACAUUCCAUAGACGGAAGUGGCUCUUGGACCUGGAAGUCCCAGAGUAGCUUUAGACAGUCAUUUGAGCUUAAUGACUUAAAUCGAGAUUCAGAGAGCUCAGAAUCCGCUCGGGACGGGAAUAGCUCUACAGACAGAAAGAGGAACGGUCCUAAAGCUGUUGCUGUGCCAACUGUUCCCACCAUUUCCACAUCAGGCGGGGACCACCACCCCAACCAAACCAUUUCCACCAUCCGGGUUACUCCUAUGGAAAUGACCGAGUCUGGGCCAGGGAGCUGCGAAUCUAUCUUGCAGAGAAAAAACAGGAUCCUGAUCCCUGAAAGAGGAAACAGCCCGGACACCACCAGGAACAUUUUUUACAAGGGAACAUCAACCACACCAGCUUUCAAAGAGUAG